GUUUUUUUGUUUUAUUAAUGCAAUCGAAACACGUGUGCGUAAUAUGUAUCUCAGUUACAACGCCUAUAAGUUCUGAUAAUUGUUAUACAUCUUCUACCACAUGAUGUCACCCGAGACCAUUAGUAUGAAUCAGUUUAUACGUCUACAACCCCUCCUUCGCUCAUCUUGAAAAGAAUAACYCGUCAUCAGCCUUUGUAGCUUCCUAUCAUUCGGUCGUACGGCGUGGAAAAGAACAUACUCUGUCCUGCGAAUGGGAUCUCCAUAUUUUUUUUUUUGAAGAUAAUUGGUAUAAUCGGGUCUGCUUUGUUUCCACAUUAAGGAUGUUUUGGGCAACACARCACGGACAUCUUUGGAUUUAUUCUGCCGCGCUGCUUUCUCUUUGUSAGCGGACCAUAUCACAGCUAUCAUACUCUGUUUCCGAGGAGGUGAACAAAGGGACUGUUGUGGGAAAUAUUGCCAAGGAUCUGAACCUGAACGCGCACGAUCUGAACACCAGGGAUCUGCGUGUUGUUUCUGGUUUCAGCAAGACAUAUUUUGGCGUGAAUUUAAAGACCGGCAACCUCUUUGUCGCUGAGAGAAUAGACCGAGAGGAGCUUUGUCCACAUGCGGUAAAAUGYUCCAURAAAAUACAAGCGGCUUUAAGCAAUCCGAUGAAUGUGCACCGUGUCGAGAUAAACGUUCUUGAUGUAAAUGAYAACUCGCCUUUGUUUAUUGAACAAACGCAUAUGCUAAAUAUCUCGGAGUCAUUAUCACCUGGAGAGAGAUAUCCUCUCCCUGUAGCGGUGGAUCCGGAUACAGGAAGCAACGCAGUAAAAAACUACAAGCUGAGUCAGAAUGAACAUUUCUCGCUUGAUGUACAGAGCGGUGGAGAGCAUGGCGUUUUGGCCGAGUUAGUGCUGCAGAAAGCUUUGGACAGAGAAAAAGAAUCGGUGAUAAAACUUGUUUUUACUGCUGUAGAUGGCGGUACGCCACCCAGAUCAGGGACAUUGCAGCUGACAGUCAACGUGAUAGAUGUGAAUGACAACAGUCCUGUGUUCAGUAAAUCUCUGUACAAGGUGCAGAUCAGAGAAAACGUUAGUCCUGGAACGUUUGUUCUCAAGUUAAAUGCGACGGAUUUGGACGAAGGUGUGAACAGCGACAUUCAUUAUUUCUUCAUAAAAACGGGGGGUAUUGAUCCGUCAAGCCUGUUUGAUUUAAACGCAGAAACGGGGCAGGUAACGGUAAAAGAAGGCCUAGAUUAUGAAGAAACRCGCGCUUAUGAAAUCAGAGUUCAGGCAAAGGAUCAGGGAGUCCCUCCUCGCAGUGCGCAUGCCAAGUUAUUAAUAGAGGUUAUUGAUGUUAAUGACAAUUCUCCUGAAAUAUCUGUCACAUCMUUGAUGACACCAGUAAAAGAGGAUGCAGAGCAGGGGACGGUCGUUGCUUUCAUUACAGUGAGUGACAGAGAUGGCGGGAAAAACGGAAUAACUAGAUGCGGCGUCGCURGAUCGCUUCCCUUUAAGCUCAAGUCCAAUUACAAAAAUGAUUAUUCAUUAGUAGUUGAWGGACCGCUCGAUAGAGAAAACAUCUCUACAUAUAAAAUCACCAUUACAGCUUCAGAUGAGGGAAGUCCAUCUCUGUCUACCAUAAAAGUAAUUACUGUACAAGUUGCUGAUGUUAAUGAUAACGCACCUCGUUUUACCGAACCCGUGAUUCAGGUUUUUGUCAAAGAAAACAGCCCGGUCGGUUUAAAGCUCUGCACAAUAMGCGCAAUUGAUACGGAUGCGGAUGACAAUGCAAAAGUUAUCUACAGACUUUCUAAUGGUUUUCAAAGGAGUAUUCCAGUUUCUUCAGUACUAAUUUUUUGA